AUGCCUUGUGGCCAGGCCCCUGCCCCGACCCCCACGCCCCCUCAGCCCACCCUGCCCCACAGUCACAGUCACACUCACACUCAGCUCAUGCUCGCGGGGAGCCAGCUGGCCGGGCUGGCGGCUCUCCUGCCUGCUCAGCAGCAGAUGCUCUUGCAGCAAGCGCAGGCGCAGCUCCUCGCCGCCGCCGUGCAGCAGUCCAACGCAGCUCACGCCGCCCAUGCCGCCGCCCAUGCCAAUCAGCAGCAGGCUCAAGCGCAGGCUCAAGCUCAAGCGCAGGCCCAGCAGUCGCCUGGGCAGUCGCAGCUCAAAGCCGAGCAGGUCGCCCAGGCCCCGCCCCAGCUGGCCCUGUCCCAGCCAAUCCAGCUCACCGCCCAGGACAUUCAGCAAUUGUUGCAGCUGCAGCAGCUGGUGCUGAUGCCAGGCCACCACCUGCAGUCCCCUGCCCAGUUCCUGCUUCCACAAGCCCAGAGCCAGCAGGCCCAGCAGGGUCUGCUAUCGACUUCGAAUUUGAUUUCACUACCUCAGCAAAGCCAAGGUGGUCUACUGACCACCCAACCCAGGCUGGGGCUCCAAGCACAGCCCAUGACCUCCAUGCCCCCACAGCCUCACCCCGAAGAGCCCAGCGACCUGGAGGAACUGGAGCAGUUUGCCCGCACCUUCAAGCAGCGCCGCAUCAAGCUGGGUUUCACUCAGGGUGAUGUGGGAAUGGCCAUGGGAAAGUUAUAUGGGAACGACUUCAGCCAGACCACCAUCUCCCGUUUCGAGGCACUCAACCUGAGCUUCAAGAACAUGUGCAAACUCAAGCCCCUGCUGGAGAAGUGGCUGAGCGAUGCAGAAACCAUGGCGAUAGACAGCAUGCUGCCCAGCCCCAGCUCCCUGUCCUCCCCCGUGAUGGGCUUUGAGGGGUUGCCAGGGCGGCGCCGGAAGAAACGCACCAGCAUCGAGACCAACGUCCGCGUGGCCUUAGAGCGCAACUUCAUCGCGAACCAGAAGCCUACCUCAGAGGAGAUCUUGCAGCUAGCCGAGCAGCUGAACAUGGAGAAGGAGGUCAUCAGGGUCUGGUUCUGCAACCGCCGCCAGAAGGAGAAACGCAUCAACCCCUCCAGUGCCACCCCUCCCUUGCCCAGCCAGCCUGCCCCAGCCACGCACAAACCCCCCUGCUACAGCCCACACUUGGUACAGCCCAAAUCAAUUACUUUGUCUCCUUACUAUCUUACCACACACUGAUUCUAAUAACUGUUCUAAUAUUACACAAGACAAUAUUUUCUCAUUGUUCUAUUAGCUGUUUAAAAAGAAGCAGAUCUGGUC